AUGAAUUGGGAAAGGAAUAAAAAAAUCCGUCAGUGGCUGGGCGCCGACGAGGAGCGCCCCCUGCUGGCAGGAAAGCUCGUGCGAGUCGUGCUGACGUGUGACUACGGAAUCACGGUGCAGAAGUGCGUCGGAUUCAGGGUGGUUGGCAAGCCAGCAUCUCCGGCCGUCGCCGAGGCUCGCUACACUCUCGCCAGCGUCGAACCCGACCGCCAUGUUCUCAUCAUCGGUCUCAUCUCCGGCCUCCUAUUCGGCGCCGUCCUCAUCGCUGCCGCCAUCUUUGUCUUCGUCAGGUGUCGCCACUGGCGGCGGCGGCGCGACGCCGUGGAUGCCCUCGUCUCGUCCAAGUCUAAUGGUUCCAUCGGCUCCAUAGAGACAGAGAUCAGCCGGAGAGCAGCCUGGGACGGUCACACUACGCUCAACGGGAGCGUUGGUUCGAUGCGGAUGGAGAAUGAGAUGAAUGGAGUGAGCCAGGCGUUUUCUGACGUCAUCGAAGCUGACGUAGAUCCAUGCAAGCAUGGCGAGCAGUGCGACUGUAGCAACCCCGAUGGCGGCAAGCUGUCGUCGCGCGGUGCCCGUAAGCGGCUCUACUUCAGCCCUGCCUACUUUGAGAAGGAAUUCAUGCAGAAUCCGCCGCCGAAAGCCACCGAAUUUCUCGCGGAACUUCGCUACAUGGUGGCGCUAGCGAAGGCGCGCAUUAAGCAGCGGCAGUACUACCCGACACUGCGGCCAAUCAGGGAGCUAGACGAGAUGGCCAAUGAGAUGGAGGGCUUCACGGGAGAUGAGAUGCUGGCGUCGUUAGAGGAGGAGGAUGCUGAGAGCAGUGUGCGAUCCGACGCCUCGACGACCGACAACGAGCGGGUGGACGCCAACAGUACAGGUAAGGACUCGGGCAGCGACUCGGCGACGAGCAGCGACGACUCAUACUACAACUCUCUCAAGCGCUUCAAGCUGCUCCAGCGCAGCGCCAGCGAUUCCGACACCGCCCUCAAGGCGGCGCUGCUGCUGCGGCAACGCGUCAUCGACGAUCGCGCCAACGAUCGGCCGUCCAAGGCCAACAGCUGGAUGUCGCACUCGUCCGUCGCCGUGACGAUCGAAAACGUAGAUAAGAUGGCGACGGCGGCGCGCGGGGAACGGUUCGGUGGCGGACGCCGCAGCGCGAGCAGCCCCGCGCUGUUCGCAUGCAAGAACAACCUGAACGACGUGAACAACCUGAACGACGUGAACAACCUGAACGACGUGAACAACCUGAACGACGUGAACAACCUGAACGACGCGAACAACCUGAACAACUUGAACGACGCGAACAACGCGCAGAGGAAGGGCGUGACGUUCCGCGGCGACGCAGAGACGAAUCGCGGCACCGGCGAGUACGGUCGCCACGGCAACGCCGUCGCCGCCCCGCAUCCCGCGUCCUCGCCGCAUCCCGGCUCCGGCCGCCGCCUCGCCCUCGCGGACGGUGGCGCCCCCGCACGGGAGGGGCCGUCGCCGCGGAAACCGCCGCGCGCCGCCGCAAAGUCGGCGUUGCAGAUCAUCGCCGAGUCGAUCGUCGGACGGCGGCUGCUGGCGCCCCCUGGCGGCGGAGGCGGCGACGCGUUGAGCGACACAUCGUCGGAUUGUAGCACGCUGCCACUACGGCGCAUGACCCACAAGGAGCGAGGCGAGCUGACCGUGUUUGACCACACGGUGGCGCUGUAG